AGCUCGCGUUCUCGCUAAUAUGACACAAAUGUUGCUUUAAAAGCAAAGCUAGCAUGAAACGUCAAACACAUUAUUUAAUAUUUAAUAAACACCCGACUGAUAUUAUUGAACUAUUUAUAUAUAUUUUUUUAUUUAAUCAUGGACUUCCGGGUGGACAAAAAAUUGUGACGUGUGCGUACAAAGACGUGUUCCGGUUAGCUGAUCUUCAUAUAAAAACAAGCCAGGACUUCCGCAUUGACAUGAUAUGUGAAUCAUGUAACCUGUCCUGAUUUACUUGCACGCCCAUUAUUAUGUUUUUUUGUAUGGAGUCUGAUACAGGCAGGAUGUGUGAUGUGAUAUGAUAUGUGCGAUGGAUGAAGUGAACCUUGCGACGGUUUGGUAAAUAUGUUAGGUGCACUGUGUCAGAUUGUAGUUGUGCUGUAAAGAUGUUUUCGUGUCUAAUUGCUCCUUGUCGUUCUCCUGCAUGGCGGUUAUGGAGCUCCAGUCAGGCCCAGUGAUGGAAACCCAAGUGUCCAGUCUCUCCAGCGGAUGUAGUGUGAGUUGCGCCUCUGGCUUUGGUGUAGUAGGAGAUUUCUUCUAAUGUCGCUUCUAACAUUCCGAGAACAUGAUCGGAUCUCCAGAUGUGGUGGCAUUGACCAAAGAUGAUGAUUUUGGAGAUUCGUUCCCAGAUCCGUGUUUGCUCCCAGAGGAGUUUUCUGUGCCUUUGUUUCCUCAUGCAAAUGCCAAUCCAUGGUUAAAAACAUCCUAUGCAAAAUUUCCCAAGGAUUUCAUCCUUAUCUCUGAGUUUUCAGAGCAGGUUGGACCACAGCCAUUACUCACAAUUCCAGAUGAUCCCAAAGUGUGUGGGACGUUUGACCUCAAUUACUUCUCUCUGCGCAUCAUGUCUGUGGACUACCAGGCUUCGUUCGUGGGACAUCCUCCAGGCACAAGCUACCCCAAGCUCAAUUUCGUCGAGGACUCCAAAGUCGUCCUUGGUGAUUCGAAGGAAGGGGCGUUUGCCUACGUGCAUCACUUGACCCUCUAUGAUUUGGAGGCGCGUGGCUUCGUACGUCCUUUUUGCAUGGCUUAUAUUUCAGCAGAUGAGCGAAAGAUCAUGCAGCAGUUCCAGCUGCUGUCGUCUGGCUUUUCCAGGGCUUCCGAAUGCUUGAAAUCAGGGAAUAGAAAGGCCUUUGCGAGUGAAUUGGAGAAGAAACUGAGAGACCUGGAAUAUACGAGAUCCGUGCUGCACAAAGAAACCGAGCUGCAGAAAACGAGCAGCGGCUGUUAUUCCACACAGGUUAUCGAGAAAGCUAAUGAACUGGCAAACGUGGAAAAAUCUAUCUAUGAACAUAAAGAUUUGCUGAGGCAGAUUACAUCAUAUCCUAACAGUAAAAGAAGCAGCACUGAUCAAGUGCAGUGUGAGCCUGAAAAUAGAGCUAACACACGGACAGUAGACCACACACUGUCUUCUAAUCAUUCCGGAAAUGGGGAUACUCAUGUGGAAACGGAAAGUGGUAGUCAGCCCCCGACUUACAUCCCUCAGUUUAUUAAAGCUAAAUCUGCGAAAUGUUUUGAUAAACGCCUAAAAACCCUCGAAGAACUUUGUGAAUCAAACUUUUUCCUUCAGACCAUGGAACACCUGAAGGCAAUCGAAAAGGCGUUUAGAGGUGAUCUUUGCUUUAUUUACACCAGCCAGAUUGACCGGGCUCUCUCGAGCAAACAGAAGAUCACCAAUUUUCUUUUUGAGGCGGAACGAGACGAUGAUGAAGAGGGCAGCUCUUCUACCAGGAAUUUUUAUGACCCAAACCAUACCGCACAUCAUGUUUCAUCCAACUUCUCUGGUGAGCGAAUGAACCUUGAGUCAUACACCGCUUAUGUUGAGAGAAGUCCGAAUAAGCUGGGACUCGAAACGAUGGAAGGACCUCCAGAGUCCAGUACCUCGGACGUUACACAGGAAACCUCAGAAGAUGCUAAUGACACCGAAAUGAAAGGGAGUUUCAGCAGUGACCGGAGUAUCGAGGCAUUUGUAAACCUCAGUCCAGCAAAUCCUGAUGGUUUUUCAAGGAGAAACACCAGUGUGGCUUGUACAGUAACCCCAUCUGAAGGAGAAAACGUUUCACCUGUUGCAAAGACAUCAUCCUCACUAGAACGUGAAUCAGACCUGAAUUACGGUGAAGUGUUUGAAACUGGACAUCUAGUACAAAUGGACACAGCGUGUUGUAUGGGACAGGAUGGUUUUAUCUUUGAGGAGCCUUUGCCUGAACCGGUACAAGAAUACUGUGAGGACACCGUUGUCAAGCGCGAGCCUCUGUCCCUGCUUCAGAGGGACCCUUCUCUGCAAGUGGACUAUGUCUUAGGAGAGUCAUUGCUGACCGUCCCAAGUCCCAGUCUGGUGUUGACGCUUCCUGAACUCAACCCCAGCUCUCUGUCUGAGGAGAUGGUUAAAAUGAACGUGGAAGAUGUUUCCGACAACGGCAGUUACAUGAGCACCUCCACCAGCUCUGACCGAGCAGCCUCACCUUUCACCUAUGGCAGUCCCAUCACGCUGAAGCACAAGAAGAAGGCAGGCCACAGUGCUCUGCGCUUCAUCAGGCAGUACCCCUUUGCUCAGCAAGCCAUCUUCUGCCUUCUGAGUGGAAGAACACUUGUGGUUCUGGGAGCUGACGAAGGCACAGUCAGGAAGCUGGUGAACGCCUUGCUGAUUUUCAUGCCAAACCUUGGCAAGUAUGGCGAAGCAGUGCAGCCCUGGCUUUCCACAUCUUUUCAGCUGAGUGACCUUCAGAGAUGGAAACUCAUUGGGUUGCAGAGGGUGGUUUCUCCAGCAGGUUCCAGCUUGCUCCAUUCCCUGAGCCGCUACAGCCGAUAUAUCGGCAUUCUGGACUGUGACAACAAAACACUUCGAUGCCCAUCCUACAAAGGAACACUAAUAGGGCACAUGGCAGACCACAGGACACAGAUCAAACGAGGGAGCACCUAUUAUCUCCACGUGCAGAGCGUAUUAACUCAGCUUACAGCUAAGGCCUUUCUUUACACUUUUUGCCAUCACCUUCACCUGCCCAUCAGCACAGACCAGGACGCCGAUUCCGUGGUCUUGCGGAGGACUAAUUUCUUGUUGCAGCUCGGCUACACUGAAGAGGAGAGUAAAAUAAUCCGCUUCUUGAGUGAGCUCAUCAAGCAACAUUACCUUCAGGGGCCUUUAAAAGGGGUCAGCCAGAAUUACUUUAGUUUCAGUUAUACCACCAGCUAUUUGUACAAAAUCUGACCAUGAUCGUGCCCUUUGUUCAUUUCCGAUCUUUUAAUAGGAUUCGUAUUUUGUGUUUCUCAUCCCUGGCACCUCAACUAAAAUCAGGAGACCAAGAAAUAUUGAAUGUAUUUGAUUUUGGUUAACUUUGCCAGUGUUGGCUUUACAAUCCAGUAAUUAGGUUGUGGAUGAUCUGUUCUCAUCGCUUUGGUUAUGAAUGUGUUUUAGAAUGACGUCUGAUGUCUAGCUCUCGACACUUAACACGAAAUGUAUUUCUGAAGUUUUAAAGAUAACGUCUUGUAUUUUUUUUUUCUUUCAUCCGACGAGCCAGUCUGCGUUGAAGGUGCAAUCAGCCUGCAAGAACCAACACCUUGGUCAGCAGUUAUUAAUAGGUGGUGGAGUCGUGAAAUUUGCUAUCCUCACCUCACCUAUUUUAAACAGAAUGUGAACAUGUAGGAUAGCAUGGAUUUUGGUACGAUGGUGUUUGUUUUAUCGUUUUGCCUUGGAUGUGCUCUUUAAGCUUGUGUGCUAAUUUUUCAUGUGGUUAUAAAUUAUUUCAAGGAAAAUCCAAGAUGUGGUAAGAGCAGUAAAUAAUUAACUUGUCCAUGACUUUCCGUGUUUGCACUGUAAAACGAAAAAGCUGGUGAACAUUUGAUUCUCUCACACACACACCUCUCCGUUCCCAGUCAAAAAUAGGUCUUGUUUUAUUCUUUAUUCCACUGUAUACUUUAUAACUACUGUAAGGUUUUGUAAUGAGAAAAAGGCCAAUCUGAACACACAUUUUGAAAUCGAUAAAAUUUAACCAAGCAAACUGCCAGAUGUGUUUUUUUUUUUUUUUUUAAAACCCUGUUAUGUCUUCAAGUUAAAGAAAGUUCUGCAUGGAAAAAUGUUAAAUAUUGGAAAAGUGUUCGAUUACAUCCUGCAUGUUUGGAAAUUAUACAGGCAAAUGACCCGGCAGCACCCGUUUAUUUUUAUAUUAUAUUAAAUCUUCCAUAUGGAUUUCUUUCAAUCUAAUGACCUACAAUAAUGUAACAUCGUCUGUGUUGUGUGCAAAAAAACGUGAGCAUGAGUUACUUGACGGAGUGGCACUUUCUAAUGUCGGUUAAGAAUCACAGUCAUGGUGAGGAGUUACAAGGACGUGGAGGUGAUUCCCCCCCCAAAAAAAUGCAGUACUAUGUUCGCAUCACCACAAUGUUUACUGUUGCAUGAUGCGAGUUCUCCAACAUCCACCAGAUUUAAUUUGCAUUUUAAUAUAUAUUGCUUUCCAUUUGUAAUCUGCAUUGCUAUCCUCUGUGAAAUAUCCCGUACUGUAUGUGAAAUGCAUUCUGACGAAUGUUAACAAGCCAUACUGUACACAUUGUGUAUUCAAGUUCCUAAUGGCUGUGUUUUUUCUUGCCUUUUUUUUUUUUUUUUUUUAAACCACUUUCCUUUAUGUGUCUUGGAAAGAGUGCUGCUCACUAAGAGUGCAUAAAAAGUAUUGUGAUGUUUGUCUGGGGUGCAGUAAGACAUUUGUGUUUUUAUUGACAAUGAUUGUGAAUGUUUUAAGUGAUUUUUGGGCAUUACUCAACUGAAUUGACUUGUUGCCCAUGAUGUUUUCUGCCUUAAAGGUUCAUUAAAAUAUUACUAAUUUGA